UACAUGUUAUUUACGCGUCUUAGGUGUUGUAUGAAGGAAUACUCUUCUCGCAUUAUUUUAUCAAUUGUUCUAGAAAUAUUCAAAUUAUUUUAAUCUUUAAUUCUAUAAUAAUGUUUGGAUUAAUAAUUUCUGGGCGUUUGCCGCAAACUGACUUCACGCCGGUAGAUGAAAAUAAAGUCGUAAUAAAUGUGCCAGACAUAGAUCAUGUAAAUUAUAUUGUAGUAUUUUUAACUGGGUUGACAGCACUUCCUGAAGGAACAGCAGCUGCGGUUUACUUUAGCUGGCCGGAUGCAAAUUCAGCUCCUACAUGGCAAUACCUGGGACACAUAUCCAACGCUAAGCCGUCAGCGAUUUUUAAAAUAUCCCAGCUGAAAAAAAGUCACGAAUUGGAAGCGGCGGAGCAUGGAAUGAUUUUUGGUGCACAAGAGAUUUCCCACACAGCGCAAAUAGGAAUAUCCGUCGAGCCGGAACUUACAAUUUCUCAGUUGACACCUGCGGUGCAAAAUGCAAAUGCAAAUCUGCAGUUCAGUCAGAAGAUGUUAGAAAAUUUUUUCAACUAUGCGUCCAGUUUUACGGUGUCUCCGCAGCAAAUCCCUCCAUUGAGUAAUGAAACACUUGUACCUCUCUCAACGUUGCAGAAUUGGUACACAAAUUUCCAAAGACGGAUGGCUCAAAAUCCAAAUUUCUGGAAGUAUUGAUUUUAAAUUUAUCUGCGCCCACCAAAAUAUACAUUCGUAAUUCUGCAAACACCUGGAUAUGUAUUCAAUUGUGAGUUAUGCUCAAGUAUUGAAAUAAAAAACUAAAAUUAUUCUCUCGGAACUUAUUUUA